CGGAGCAAACUUGCAGACUGAAGACAGUGAAGUUUCCCUGGGUGAAAAGGAGAGAAGCGAAGGUCAGCAGCUUAGCUUCAUGAAGCCUUCUUCCUGUGCAGCAAGAGCGUAUAGUCACUGUUAUAACCGCUGGCCAAACUCAGAGCCAAGCUCCUGUGAGCAUUUUGCCUAGUUCUGCGUCACAAGGAGCAGCUGCACGACUUGGUGACACCAAACGACGGGCCGUUGAGAGUAUGCUUUCAAGUGCUGGUUACAAAACUCCCAACUUUGCUUAGCAUGUGGGUUGUAUGCUCACUUCCAGCUGCUUGAGCAGAGUGCACAGCUGGCAAAGGCCGACCUUGCCACCAAGUGCCUUGAAACAUAUGCGGAAUCAAGCAUUGAGCUCUGCCCUUUGUUUUAGUAAGACACUCCGCAGCAGAUCAGUCAGGGCCCCUGGCAUUCAUCUUAGAAGCUGCAUGGCUGCCAGUGUCCCCUCUGAUAUGGACAAACAGCCAGAACUGGACCAGGCGCUCAAUGCUGCUGAGAAGAAAGUAUGCGCACACUUAGUAGACGGAGUGGUGCCAGCUCAGCGUUUAAACCUGGUUGCUCAGAGUCACAGUCCGGGGAUGCCUGAUUCCCUAUUCCAAAAUGAAGGAGAAGUUAAGGAAGAAACGUUUAAGUAUAGCUGGGACGAAUGUCGGAGGGAUAUACCAGCGCUCACUUCACGAGUGCGAAUUCUCACAUGGAACACACUGGCGGACGGGCUCGCCCAACAUGGGGACUUUGUCAAGGUCCCCAGCAAACUUCUGGACUGGGAAAGCCGAGCUCCGGUUCUCCUGCGCGAGCUUGAGGAGUCAGGAGCUGACGUCAUCUGCUUACAGGAAGUGAACCACUUUGAUGACUGCUUCCUUCCAGGGCUGGAGAAGCUCGGGUACUCUGGACGGUUUCAGCCGAAGAUCCUCUCCCCGUCUGCUCGCUUCGGUUAUGCUGCGGAUGGCGUUGCGCUUUUCUACAAGGCCUCUCGAUUCGAGAUGCGUGGCUACGAAACGCUCCAGUUCGUCGAUCCAAACGGCGAUAACAUGAGUCAGUGCGCUCUCCUCUGCCGACUUCGGGACCUCCAAACGGGCGACCAGAUGCUUUUGGCGACCACUCACCUCAAGGCGAAAACGGGCGCAGAUAAUGACGCGACGAGGGCCAUCCAGAUCAAGCAGCUGUUGAAGAGGAUAGCCGCUCUAGCGGAUUCCACCGUCCCCGUCGUCCUCUGCGGCGACUUCAAUUGCAGCCCGGAUUCGGACGUCUGCGCGGCCCUGCGGACGCACUCCUUGGGACUUGCGGACGCUUUCGCUCAGCCCGUUGCCUCUACCAGCGAGCUUUGGGUGGACGCAGAGUCUUCCGCUGGGAACGACAGCGGAAACGGAAGAGCAGGCGCGCCGGAAGGUCGUGCCUUCACGACCUGGAAGUUUAGACCCGGGGGCGAAAAGAAGGAUACCAUCGACUACAUCUGGUAUCGCGGUCUGGACCUGGUCAGAAGAAGAAGGCUGCCCACGAGCGAAAUGAUAGGACCGUCAGCGUUGCCGUCCAGGAGACAUCCGUCGGACCAUAUUCCAGUCUGCUGCGAGCUUGCUUGGCCACAAUGAGAUCUAGGAAGUGGGAGACAUUGUCUCAGAAUUCUUGGGUGGUUCAGAUCGAAAGGGACUCGUUGAGCCGACUGCCGGCACAGCCUCGUCAGAUGUGCAGGAAGGUGAAUAAGAUUUAUGACGCCAGUAUGACGCUCUUACGAACAUUCUUGAGUGCUUACGAUGAAUUAGCGUCUCUGCUUCGGUUGCAACACGUGGCUGCAGCCAGCCCUGGUUCAUCUGCCAAUCGCUCUCGACGGACCCUUAGGGUGAAUCAAGCAUAGCUGAGGCUUCGAGGUUCACCGCUCUAGCUGAACUCUGCCGUAAGCGCGCAGGCUGCCGCCCUCCCUGAGCUUUUGAAGGUCCCUACAUGGAUGCUCAAGGGCUCCGAAUCGGGAUCCUGGCAGCGGAUAAAGGUGUCCCUUGUAUUACAUAAGGCUUGCGCGUACCAUGCUGCAAACUCUUUGGCCAGUAUGACAUCAUUGUCAGCUACUGUGUGUGGUGUAGAAGAACG